GUGAUUAGCCGUAGUCGCCGCCCAUCAAAUGCGACGCGGUGUCGAUUGGUGGGUGUCGUCGAGGAGAGGCGGGUUUCGUCCCGCUCGGUCUUGUGGUCGCUUCCAGCCAGGCAGGCGGCUCAGUGGGGUCGGUGGCGGCUGCUGAACUGAGUUAGGCGCGCUCCUCCUUCUGGGAGCUGCGGCGGGUAGGAGGGAGGAGGCCGGGGGAAGGGCCUGAGGCUGCUGCGGCCCAGCGAUUGCGUCGCCGUCAAGUUCCAACCCGCGCCCUCUCCAUGUCUCCUUACUCUGCUGCUCGGGCAGCCACCACGGGGCACUAGACCUCUUCCCCGGACAGCCGCGCUUCCAGAGUCCUGGGCGCCGCCUGAGGAGCGCGUGAAUAUGAGCCGUUGCCUGCAGUAUGGGACCGGCCGCCCCUUCUCCUCUUGGAGGCAGUGUCCAGCUAGAGAGAAGGAAAACAAACUGGUCACCUAGGAUGUGAGAAAUCCUCUUUUCUCAAGGAACCAUAUUGUUUGCAAGAUGGAUCGGAGUAAGCGAAAUUCGAUAGCAGGAUUUCCACCACGCUUGGAGCGCGUUGAAGACUUUGAUGGCGGCGGCGGAAGUGAUGGGAGCGUGUCCCAGAUGGGCAGAGUUUGGACUUCUUCAUACAAGGCCUUGAUAAGUGCCUUUUCAAGACUUACACGACUUGAUGACUUUUCCUGUGAGAAAAUAGGAUCUGGUUUUUUCUCUGAAGUGUUCAAGGUGCGGCACAGGGUAUCUGAUCAGGUAAUGGCUUUGAAGAUGAACACAUUAAGCAGCAACCGUGCAAACAUGCUGAAAGAAGUCCAGCUCAUGAACAGACUUUCACAUCCAAACAUAUUAAAGUUUAUGGGCGUCUGUGUACAUCAAGGACAACUGCAUGCACUUACCGAGUAUAUCAACUGUGGUAACCUGGAACAGCUGUUAGACGGUAAUCAGCACCUGCCCUGGACAGUGAGAGUGAAGCUGGCAUUGGACAUUGCUCUGGGACUCAGUUAUCUUCACUAUAAAGGCAUUUUCCACCGGGACCUGACAUCCAAGAACUGUUUAAUAAAGCAUGAUGAGAAUGGAUAUUCUGCUAUAGUUGGCGACUUUGGUUUAGCAGAGAAAAUUCCUGAUUUUAGUGAGAAGCUGCCAGUGGUGGGCUCUCCAUAUUGGAUGGCACCUGAAGUGCUGAGAGACGAGAGAUACAACGAAAAGGCUGAUGUGUUCUCGUAUGGCAUCAUUCUUUGUGAAAUUAUAGCCAGGAUCCAGGCAGAUCCAGACUAUCUCCCUCGCACGGAGAAUUUUGGAUUGGAUUAUGAUGCCUUCCAAAACAUGGUGGGAGACUGUCCACCUAACUUCCUGCAGUUGGCCUUCAACUGCUGCAAUAUGGACCCCAAGCUACGCCCUUCAUUUGCUGACACUGUUAAGACACUGGAGGAGAUACUAAGCCUUUUGAAAAAUGAAGAGGCUGAAAGAGAAAGAAAGCUCUUAAAUCUGGACAGUACAGAGAGAAAACCCAUCUCUGUUUCCAAAGGAUUACUAGAGAGAGGACAAGGAGUCAAGAGGCUAAGUUCAUUGGAUGACAAGAUUCCACCCAAGUCACCCCGUCCACGGCGAAACAUCUGGUUAUCACGCAGUCAGUCAGACAUCUUCUCCCGUAAGCCUUGCCACAAGAUAAAUGUUCAGGACCCCUACUACACACCAAGCAAAGGGUCAAACCGCAAAGUGAACCCUUUCAAUUCUAGAGAAGACUUGAAAGGGGGGAAGAUCAAAUUCUUUGACAUGCCAAGCAAAUCUGUGAUAUCACUUGUAUUUGACUUGCACUCCCCAGAGGCAGAGGGGUGUCUGAAGAUGAGCCAGCCCCUUUUCAGACAGACAUAUAGCACUGAUGGGCAGGAAACAUCAUUCUUUCCUGGGAGACGGAGCAGAUCACUUCCAGUCUCUCCUGAAUUUGUGCAUAAAGAUUAUAGCACAUUUGGGGAUCUCUCUUCAACCAUUGGCAGGUGUGAUCCCAGUCAAUUAGGAGCUGAGGUGCGGCAGAAGCUACUGAGCAGUGGUAAGUACGGUGUGUCUGAGAUUCCUCCUUUUCAAGCUAAACAUCAUAGGCAAGGAUCUCCUCCUCUGCAAGAAGAAGAGAUGGAUUGUUCUGAUGGACUGGAACCCCAAGAUGAAAAUGGGUUAUGUCCUGUAAAAAACACAGCUGAGGAGCCAGAAUUCAGAAAGCCAGAGGGGGAAGCUCUGCAGGACUCUGAAGAUGUGGAGGGAAUCUUGGUACAGAAUUUAGUCGAUUUAGAAGAGGGAUCCUCAGAGGUGUUCAUGAGCUGCACCUCUGAAGACAUGGAGGUAGAAGAUGAAACGCAAAGGAACAUGCCUUCUACCAGACUGGAGGCUUCCAAACUGUUGUUCAGUGUUAAACCUUCUUCACAACCAGGAAAAGAUGCCUCUUUAUUUGAAGCUGUGGAUAGUGACACCUCAGACCUUGUUUUUCUGCCAUCUUCAAAUACACCAGCAUCAGUAAACGAGCAGUCAAAAUGUGACAUCUAAAAGUUCAGCCAUGAUGCCAAGGCAACAAACUCCUCCCAGCUUUGUACAUUUUAACUUCCUGUAUCAAAAUGCUCUAGCAAAAUGUAGCAACUAGACCAGUCUAUUUGGAGGUUCCAAAAUUUGUUUGAGGAGACUUUGCAUGCGUGCAGGAGGGUGUGAGAGAUUCACACUUGGCUUACCUUAGGAGGCAGCUACUGCAGACAUAGGUAGUGAGCCACAUCUCCAUGGGAUCCUAGCCCAUACUUCCUAAAAAAGACUAUGGGAUCCUGUGCCUGCUUGUGCUUAGAAGCCAUUGUUCUGGGGUCUGUGUUUCUGCAUGUGUUGGGUGCACAUAUCUUUAAUUUGGGUCCCACUGAAGGAGUUUUUCCAAGCUUGGCAGCAGCUCCUCCUUUUAAGCUUUUGUAACUUUUACUUUUUCACUAGCAAUGGCUGAGCAAGUAUAAAUGGCUUCUUGUUUGGAGACUUGAAAUUGACAGUACUCUGACACCCCAGAUGGACAGGAGGAAGAUAGUUUCUUCCUCUAAUGCAAUGACAGGUUCAGAAUGCUGGCUUGAAACCCAAAGUUUCCUUGUAUCCCUAGAUCAAGGUCAGACUUGGCUGCAAUAGCUAAGCUUCCUACCUCUUCCAAUCCAGUUUCAAAUACUGGAAGUGAAUAGCUCUAAUUCCUACUUUGGACAUUCCUUGUCCACUUAGGGAAAGUGCUCCUUCUGCUGGCUGCUUUCAGCUGCUGCAGUUUAUUUGCAAGAGGUUAAACCCCACUCUAUUUCCUGGCUUCUCACUCAGCAUGUUGGUCUGAGUUAAUACUUGCUUUGGUCCCACUUGAAGCCCUGACUGAGAGAGGUCCAUAGUAUUUUCCUUCAGGUAAUGUCCCCCACACCCAUGCAGCAAUAGUAGUUGCUGUACAACUAAUGCCUGUUCAGUACAUUUGAAUUUUCUAUACAAAGAGAAUGAACAGCUGGAUGUGUGCAACUAUUUGUAUUCCCUUCCCUUCCUUUCUAUGAUGAAGGAAUUAUGCAUAUGACCAUUCAAAAGUUUGACAUGGGAGAUGUCGGAGUAAGCUAGCCUUUUCCCUGGAAAAACUCUUAAAAUCCAGCUCUGUGUGCAUCUCUUCAUUCAACCUGUCCAUGUGAGUCAGUCAUACUCGGAGCACACUUGUUUAUGUGCGAGGCAAAGGCAAGAUGCAGGUAUCAUACAGCAGAAGUGUGUGCAUAUGGAAACUUGGUCUACGUUUUACAUUUUAUGUAACUUCUAUAACAGCCUCACCAAGGAUUUCCCUUAGUAGAAACAGAAAGGAUAUGCUUGUUAGAUUCUGGCUGCAGAAGUGGCAUAUACAAUCCAUUUUAACCUCUCUGCUGUCUGAACAUCCAGUCUAGCACUGAAUGCUCAGAGGAGGGUUAGUAUGGACUGUAUAAGGGGGAAUCUGAGGUGAGAUGAAGUGAGACAAGGCAACACACACACACACACACACGCACGCACGCACGCACAUACACUACAGGCUGGUGAGAACUCCCCUAUGGGGAGGGAAUAAAAAGCAGUGCUGCCUCCAGAGGGAUGUAAAUUUCCUCUUCCUCUUCUGUCCACCUCACAAACACAGAGUUAAUCUUUGGGAUGUAGGAGCUUUUGACACCCUCAAGUUACUUCCAGAGACAUUGACUCUGAAACCAAUAAUAUCCCCAUAGCAGUCGGCUCUCUUAAAAUGAUCUCUCUUACAGGAUGGGAGAAAGAGAAUUCUCAAAGCUGCUAUUCAAAUGCAUCUAUCUUUUAGUGGAUGGAAAACAGCCAAGCCAGCAAAUGUAUUUAAAUUACCAGGUAACCACUAAGUAAGUGACUGAUGCACACUUUGGAUUUGGUAUCAUUUUGUCUUGUAAGCCAAACAGUUCUUUCUGGAUCGGUGCAAGGAUGGUGAGGCACUUGUUUCUGCCUCAGAAGUCACAGAAGUAAUCUCUGCCUUUAUUGCAAGCUGUAGCCUAUGGUUUGCUGGGUGGACUUCUAUAGCCCUGCAGAUAUUGGGUGUUUUACCUGUGGUCUCACUGUUUUAUGAAAGUGUGUUCUUGGCUCUAGUGUCACACUCUUGAAAAACUGGCCUUUGCUCUCAUCUUCUUUUCUCCUUUGUGUGCUUGCCUGCCUUCACGGAGUAUUUCUGCAAGCAUUCUACCAGAAAUGGUAGUAUUUUGGGGGAGUGUUUAUAUGGCUGCUCUGCAUUUUAGCACAAUGCUGUUGCAAGACUUGUCCCCUAUCCUGACUCAAAGUAUGUAAUCUUCCCAGGCCACAUUGUAAUGAAAAGUAGUUGGCUUUCGAAGGAGCUCAGGUGAAAGCCAAUUCCUUUGUCAUGGUGUGGUUAAAGGCGUAAUGCCCCCUUGUGCAACAUGUGAAGAGUCCCUUGUCCCACAUCCCCCUGGGUAUGCACUGUGCAGUAUAAAAGCCAGUACUGCAGAACAGCUGCUGGCCAUGAGCUCUACUUGAUGCAGAAUAUGGCCAGACAAAUACAGUGCUUUGUACAAACACAAUAGUGGAAUUGUUUGGCUUUUAUCAUGUUUUUUUAUUUGCUGACAAAGAUGCAUCUUACUUUUUAUAAGCUACCUGCAGACAUUUCUAAGAUCUCCAGUCUGUUUUUAAUUCACUCAAACUUUCUUAUUACAUUUAUUAAACAUAUUAGAAGCUAUGCUUGUGGCUGAUUGGUGAAAGAAGACAGUGUGAUGAAAUGUGUGUAACAAAUUGCUGCCCCAGCAGAAGACAGGGGUACAGUAGGUUUAUUCUUGGUUGCUGUAUUUUGUCCAACACUGGUAUUGCUUGCCAGUUUAACUACAGACACUUGAAAAAUUCCUCUUUGCACUUAAUGCUGCUGUUUAUACUGCAUGUCACUACAUUUCUAUGCAAAAAUAAUCUUUGGGGGCAGCCAAAUAUUUGAUGAAGGUAUAAAGAUCUUUACAAGAUCUAUUUUCAUAUUUAUGAAGGAAUUUUAUGUCUUAAUAUUUGUAGUCUGUAAAUAGCUAAACUUUGUCACUAAAGCUUAGGAAAAAGUCUGUAGCCUGUCAUAAUUUAACACUGCCAGAAAAGAAUCUUUGCAAAAACAACUUUUUUCUAAUACUGCAGAUAUUUAUUAAUGUGUAAAGAAAGCAAAUCUUGGUUUUAUGUUGAUUUAUCCUGUCUUGAUUCUAUUUUUGGCCUACAGCAGCAGUAUGUUGUACUGGAAAUGCAAUAAGUAACCAAAGAUAAACGUAGUUUAAACAUGUUCAUAUUUUUUCUUUGUCAGUUUUUGUAAAUGUUCCCCUAUUUGCUUUCAAAAUAAAAACAAAUUAAUUGUC